ACUUCCUGUUUGAAGUUGUACGUUACAACAAAGGGACAGUGUGGUUAUAUUUUAUAAACUUUUUUUUUUCAUGGAGUGUAUAAUGGCGGAUACUACAGCACAGAAGGUUCAAGAAUACAAGGAUUCCUUAAAAACAAAAGCUGAACAACUAUUAUUAAAAGGAUUUCCAGAAAAGAUUGUUAAAUUGAAUGAAUUAUUGGAAACCCCUGGUUUUUGCAAUAGAAAAUUAUCAGAUGUUCAUCAAGAUUUAAAUGUACCCAUUCCAGAUCCUAUUAUUCUUAAUCAUUCCGAAAAUGAUUCUACUACAAAAAAACGAAAAGUAGAUAAUAGUAUAGAUGAUACCAGUGGAACCAAAGUGAUGGUUUUACCAAAUGGACCUGUACCUUGUAACAAGCCCUUGUGUGAUCUUAUUCACAUAGUCAAACCUUAUAUUCGACAACUAUUGGAAGAUUCUAAUUUGUUGAAAAUGUGGAUUUCAUUUUUGAUUCCAAAAAUUGAAGAUGGUAAUAAUUUUGGUGUGUCAGUACAAGAAGAUACACUUGCUGAAAUACAGUCAGUUGAAAGUGAAGCUGCUGCAUUUUUCGAUCAAAUAUCUAGGUAUUUUAUCUCUAGAGGAAAGAUUGUUAGUAAAGUUGCAAAAUAUCCACACAUCAGCGAUUAUAGAAGAGCAGUUCAAGAAUUAGAUGAAAAAGAAUAUGUAAGCUUAUGGCUAGUUAUGUGCGAGGUCCGUAAUCGUUAUUGUUCUUUGCACGAUUUGGUAAUCAAGAACUUGGAGAAGAUAAAAAAACCUCGCUCUUCCAACGCGCAAUCUUUGUAUUAAAUGCUAUAUAUGCUAUUUCUAUUGAAUAAUGUACAGGAUUGUAAUGGAAAAAAGAAACAAAAAGAAAAAAAAUCUGCACGCCGGAGAGAGUGUUAUUCUUGAUUUUUCAAUAGAAAAUUCAAAUUAUUUUUUUUUAUUCGGUCGCCGUGACGUUGACUCAUUGUCAUUCACUUGAGCCAUAUCCAAAGCAAUCUAAAUCGGCAUUAUAAGUUACAAUGAUAAUGAUUCUGCACACUUUAGCAAAAAAUAUAUAUAUGAAAGGAAAA